UCCGUGGUAACCGGUAUGCCGCGGCCGGUCUCCAUAGCGACUCAUCACUCUGCCAGCAUGAGCCGGACUCUGACCCAGCGAGCGGGCCCCGGGGGACACUACCGAGCCGGCCGCAGCUACGACUUCCUCUACGAUCCGGUAUACACGUUAUCCAGUGAGAGGGAUCAUGCCCAGGCUACAUUCCAGGCCCACAUGUGCUAUGACAGGGUGCAAAGAGUUCCCGAAUACCCCACAAUGUUCAGCGAGUUGGUCCACCAGCCCCGCUUUACUCUGCGUCUGCAACUUAAAGAUCCCGUCCCUCAGUUCAUCGACCGUCAGUGGAGAGGAAGAGGGGAACAGAGACUGAGCACUCUCAAGCAGACGGCUGUAUCUCAGCCUUCAUUAUCGCUACCCCGGAGCAGCGCUAAUGAGAACGCAGACGUGACCGGACGCAACCGAUACAAGUACUCAGAGAGGCCUCUGAUCCCGUUCUCUCAGCCAGUUCCACCCAACGUUCUUCUGGCUAUCUCCAGAGCGGAGCACAGCCCCCGGCCAGAGAGAGCAGCUACACCUCUGGUGCGCACAGUGGGGAUGCAGACAGAUUACCGGGACAGCGAAGCACAGACUGACCCCUACAGUCCGGAGUUUGUAGUGCGCCCUGGAUCUGUCCCUGAGCUACUGAUGCUGGCAAAUCUCACCUGGGGCCGCGGCCUCCCAGCUGGGCUGGCAGAAGUGGAGAUGAUAGAGCGGGCUCGGGAGAAGCGAGCCUGGGAAGCCACGCUGCCGCCCCUGAGCGAUCUCUCACAGCUGGAGAAGAGGAGACGGAUGAUGGAUGAACAAGAGAGGAAGGAGUGGGCCUUCCGGGAGCAGGAGAUAGAGAAGCUGCAGGAUGCCCGGCUCCAGGUGCUGAAGAAACUUCUCCUGAAACGCGCUGAGACGCAGAAGGCGCUGGAUACGCGGAGACUGGACUCUAAGUGGUCUAAGCUGCAGACAGAGAAAGAAGAGCGCGUUACACAGAUGCGGAGAGAGCAUAUUAAAGCAAUCCGGAAGCUGAUAAAGAAGAUGGGGAACGUGGAAGGGAAAUUGGAGAAGCGGGAUGUUAUCCAGGACUACACCGACUACACCUCCCAAACCUACGCACCCCUCACCAGGAUCGGUUAUUUCCCAGAUCGCCCCUCCCAGCAAUACGCAGUUAAAAGUCCGUACCUGGACUCGUAUCAAGGAUUACUGGACCUGGAGGCAAACCUCCCAGACUUUGUAACGCAGCCUCGUAUCCAGGCCCCCAAACUGAGGACAACUACUAAGGACGGUUUCCUGAAACGCAAAGCUCUACUGGACCUGGAGAUGAAGCAAGUCCAUGAGGCCCUGCAAGAAAAGAAAGACAAAUCCCAGCAUCUGGAGAAGCCGCUCCGCUUCUUGCAGAAGAUAGAGAAGCCCAUCCCUCGACCCGCCACCCCAACAGUACAGGGGCACGUGGAGGGCGAUGAAGAGAGAGAGCUGGCCGUCAUCUUCUUACAGAAAGUGAUCCGUGGGCGAGCGGUGCAGAACAUGAUGUUUGAAGGAAAGGAGAAGCGCCUGGAGCUGAUCCGGGAGCUGCGCACUACGCACGCGCUGCAGCAGGAGGAGCAGCUACUGAAGAGGGAAGAGAGACAAGUGACGCUGACUCUGCAGCGUCAGCGGGAGAUCAGCGAGGAGAAGGCCUCCAUUAGAGAUGAGCACCUGUCCCGGCUGGAGGGCGGGGUCCUCUCAGACAUGUUUGACUUCCUCUCCAAGGAGCUGGUUCGGCUGCAGGAAGAACGCAGGAUCCACGCAUUCGCCAUGCUCGCCGAGCGCCACCGGCGCAUCCGAGAAGCAGAAGAGAGUGGAAGGAGACAGGUGGAAGAGAGACGCAGACGGGAGGAGGAUGAGAUCUUCAGGCAGGUGGUCACCAUUCAUCAGAGCACAGUGGACUCUUACCUGGAGGAAAUCAUCCUCCGCACCACGGCUCACACAGCGGAAGAGCAGGCCAGAGAGGAGAUUGUGAGGAAGGCUCAGGAGAUCAAUGACAUCGCCUACCAGAUGGAGAGCAGCCGCACUCAGUUACAGUCGGAGGAGAUUGUGGCGGAGCUGGUGUACAGUUUCCUCAUUCCUGAGAUACAGAAGACCAGUGUCCGGGAGAGAGUGCGGAAAUCCCAGCGGAGGCACAUCCAGGCGGCUCAUCGCGUUAUCCACGCCGACACAGAGGCUCUGCUGAGUGAGACACAGCCUCCAGCCGAGGGCGAGGCGGAGUGACGCACAGCGGGUUCAGAGGCUCUACCUGUCCCUCGCCGCGUCCGAGGAGCCGCUGUCAGUUACAUGGCAGAGCUUUUUCACUGUCGGCAUCAUAAAAACCCAGUUACCUCUUACUGUGCGGAACUGAUGGAGAUUUGCAAUAAAUAACGUGUAAAUAAUAA